GUUAAACUCAAUUCUCUAUAUAAUUUAUAUUCAUUCUCAAAUUUUGUUACUUUUACAGUCAAUAUAGUUGAUAAAGAAGUUUUUACUAAUUUAACUGAUGCCCUUAUUGUUGAACUCAUUCCACAAAUUGGAUUAAGAUAUAAAUUCUUAAAAGAAUAUAACAAUUUUAUGUCGAAAUAUAAUAAAUCGUGUUUUAUUAUUAAUAACGAAAGUAUUCAUAUAAUUGAAAACAAUAAUAAUGUAAAUCAUGAUGAUAGUUUAGAAGAGUCAAAUCUUUUGCUUGAAUCAACUAUCAGCGGUCUUAAUGAAGUUUUUAUUUCAAAUCUCAAUUCUAUUUCUAAUGAAAAAACAAUCUCUCCAAUUCCAAAAAAAAAAACUGCACCAACUUCAAAUCUUCCAACAUCGAAAAUUCCUAUUAUGCCUCUGUCUUCAACAUCAUCCAGAAACUCUCAAAAUGAAAUUAAACCUAUAUUAAAAUGUUUUCGUGGAAGGCUUAUUCUAGCAGAAUUUAAUCUUAAGAACACAAUAAACCGACGGUUACUCACUAGUGUAAUCAUUGAAUCAGAAUUAGAAAACAGUAAAAAAUUCAAGAUUACAGCUGAGAGAUUUAAAAAGUUGACAAAAGAUCUAGUAGAAUUAUUUCCUGAUGAAGAAGAAGACUUAUAUUAUACACCCUGGACAAAAGGCACAAAUGGUCCUAUUGGUGCUAGAGGACUUCUGUAUGAUAAAUAUAUCAAUCUGAGAAGAACUUUAUUUGAAUUAGAAAUCCUUACUUCUGAUUCUAAUAUAGAUCAACAUGAAAUAAGCAAUACAAACGAUAUUUUACCGUUGAGUGAUUCAUUAUUAUGGCUUAAAAAUCAUAUAGAACCAUUUAGUGAAGUGCUUUUAAAAUGGCAAGAAAGUUUUAAAGAAAGAUUGGCUUAUCAUACAGAACGAAUUGAUAUGUAUUUUAAUACAUUCAAUGUAUUGAAGACACCAUCUGCUUAUUUAUUGUUUGAAUCAGAUUUUAAACAAAUUCAUAAAGAGGCAGUUGAUAAAUUAAUUCUAAAAUGGCCAUCGGUUGCAAAAAAAAUUAUUAAUAUUAGUAAGAAACGAAAAGAUUAUCAAGUAUCGCAAUACCUCAAGACUAAUAAUAUAUUAUUGGCGAACGAUUCAGAUCUUGGUAAUAUUGAGAUUAUUGCCCUUGAAUUACUUCCAUUACUAUUGGGUACAAUAAACAAGAAAUCUAAAAAAUCAGGAAAACAUUGGAGACCAAAUAUAACUGACAUUAAGCAAUCAUUUCUUUUUCAUGCAGAGACUAUUGAUGAACUACAACCAUAUAUAGAAAGCAAAAUUAGGAUUUACAAGCAGCAUAAAUUGACUCUUCAGCCUUUUGUAGUCAUCAUUGGACUAUUAGAUAACAUCGAAAGUUCGUUUGUAGUAAUAAAUGAUCAGCGAUAUGUUUUACCUACCCCCUUAAAAGCAAUAGACACAUGUUUUAAAAUCAUACACGCAUUGAAUGCAACUUACUCAGUAGAGUGUGAACACGUUUGGGAAUUUCUAGAAAAAUACAUUUAUGAAGUUACAAAAAAAACUUCAUCAUUUACAUGUGUCAAUCGUCUUAUAAGUGAUUUAAAUAGAUAUAAAAAUUAAAUGUUAAAAGACUAUAAAUUAUAAUUUAUCACAUUCAUUUUUACAUAUUCAAAAUGAAUAUGACAUUUGAUGAUUUUUCUAUUAAUUUAGAAACAUUUUUGGGUAAAUUCUGGUUAUCAUUGUAUAACAACUCAAUGAUACCACGAAACUGUGUUCAGUUCAUCGUUGAAGAAUUGACAAAAUUUAUUAGAAAACUUUACGUUCCAUAUAUAAUAAAACAAAUUCAAUAUUAUUUAAUAAAUAAAUGUGAACAAGUUGUCAUUAAUGAUAUUCCACGUAUACUUAAUUCUGCUAUUAGUUGUUUUGAAAUAUUUUCAACUGAGCAUAGAAGAUUAAAAUAUUUUUAUGACAAAGGAUUUCUUGUAUUACCUAUUCAAUAUAAAAUUGGUUCAAGAAUUGUAGAAUCUAAACGCAAUGGAAUUAUUGUUUCAGAACCAAAGGAUGUGUUUGGACAAUAUAUUCCUUUAAAAAAUACAUUAAAAUCGAUUUUUAGUAUACCUGAACUAUACGAUAAAACUAAAAAGUACGUUGAGCAUUUGAAAAAUGAACCAGAAAUUUUAUCUAAUUUUAUACAAGGUGAUCUUUGGCGUUCUAAGACUAAAAAUCAUGGAACUAAAUUCUUUUUACCACUUUUUAUUUUUUUCGAUGAUUUGGAGGUCGGUAAUGCUUUAGGAAGUCAUGCAGGAAACAACAAAUUAGGUGUUGUAUAUAUGUCUAUUCCAUGUCUUCCAAAGCAGUAUGCUUCACGAUUAAGUAGUAUUUUUCUUGUUUGUUUAUUCUAUUCUAAUGACCGAAAAGAAUUUGGCAAUAGAGCAAUAUUUGCAAAAUUAAUUGAAGAAUUAAAUGAUCUGAAAAAAAAUGGUAUAACAAUAUCUAUUAAAAAUGAAAAUAUUAAGAUAUAUUUUGAAUGUGGAGCUAUUAUUGGUGACAACUUGGGAUUGCAUUCAAUAUUCGGUUUUGUAGAAUGCUUCAGUGCAAACUAUUGCUGUAGAAUAUGCGAAAUUCCUUAUCUUGAAAUGAAUAAUCAAACUACUGAAAAUGUAAGGAUUUUGCGUAGUCCAGAAAAAUAUGAAAAGAGUCUAAAAAUAAACAAUUAUUCACUGACAGGUAUUAAAGAAAAAUGUAUUUUUAAUGAAAUAGAUGAUUUCCAUGUUUGCAUAAAUCAGACUGUUGAUAUUAUGCACGAUGUGUUGGAAGGCACUGCAAAUUAUACAAUGGUCAUUGUUUUAAAUCACUUAAUUUUUGUUGAGAAUCGAUUUUCUUUAGACACUCUAAAUUCUAGAAUCGAUACAUUCAAUUAUGGUAAACUAGAACUUUCAAAUAUGCCUCCAUUUAUAUCAGCCGAUCAUAUA